CGGUGGUGGUAAUGGCGAUGGAGUCGAUUCCCGUAAGUCGCACAAUCUUUGCAACGAACCAAAGGAAUCCCUUUAGAUUUACACCAAUAAUUCAUUCGAGAACAUCGUUUCACUCGCCGACUGCUCGUUUUCGCUUUCGGUUCAUCACUUCUUACAAGAAAUCUGAUUUUCAAGAUUUUCAAGGCUUCGCGAAACCGUCACGUCUUUUGCCAUCUACAGAACCAAAAGUAUGUACCGACUCCUCGAAAGAAAAGAUCAUUUCAUCGGCCGGCUUGAAUGGUGCUCGGGCAUUUUACAAGGUUUGGUUGGAGACAAGUAACAUGUAUGGCUCAAGUUUGAGCAAUAUAAAUGCUGGGAUACUCUUGUGCUUGAUAGAUGAGAAAGGAGACUCGAUAUUGCAGAGAAUACCUGCAUCUUUGUUCAGUGAACAUCCUACGGAAUUGAAGAACAUGGUGGACCCUGAAACUCUCCAUUUCGAAAGAGGUUCCGUUGAUGAAUUUGUAUUUGAGGGGCCGGAACUGGGGAAGGUUAAAGCUCUUUGGAUCGGUGUUGAAUCAGGUCAAUGGAGAUUAGGUGGUGUCUGCCUAAUCAUCCUUAAUACAUCUCAAUCUCACUCUAGGGAAGAUUUCGAACACGGUGGUGUUAAAUAUGACUUCGAAGUUGAUAAUAUCUUGCUUGGAGAGGGUAGUGAUGAUUCCAUGGUGGAACUAAGACCUGGUGUCAUUACCGGAUUAUCGGGCUCUAAUGUCUUCGUGAACGAGAUCUUUUCUCAGUCAACUUCACCCUUGAGUGACGGGAUAACUAAUGAAAAAAGCAUGAAGGAAUAUGCAGAUUUGAAGUUCUCUUUGUUACUUUAUGAUGUCGUUCUUAUAGUUGUCGGUACAUCAUUUUCAUCCGUCUCGAUCGGGGAAAGUUAUGCUUUUGCGUUCUUACUCGGUGGGAUCAUCGGUUUUCUUUAUCUGUGGUUAUUGCAAAGGUCCGUUGACGAAUUACCAGCUUCUGAACUAAUAUCAAAGAAUCCCAGAAAUGAAAUGGUCCGAUUUAGGGGUCCGGUAUCAAGCCUGGCACUGGCUGUAGCACUUUCUUCGUUAGCAAUCAAGUACAGCACGAGUGAUGUUCCAUUUGAGUUUACUGCGAAAGAACUUUUGGUUGGAAUGAUGGGCUUUCUUGUGUGCAAAGUUGCUGUUGUUCUGGCUGCGUUUAAGCCCUUGCCUGUGAGUGUUGAUGAAAGAGAAUGAGGCAUUGCUCGGGUUUGUGUCGAAUACAUGUAUAUGUCCACAACGAGUAUGUUCGA